GCCCCCUCUCUCUCUCGAUGGCUCCCUCGCUCCUCUUAACCACCACCCUCCUCCUCCUCCUCCGCGCCCCCUUCCUAUCCCAAGCGCUCACUCUGACCGUGGUCAACAACUGCCCCUUCACGGUGUGGCCGGCCAUCCAGCCCAACGUCGGCCACCCCGUCCUCGAGCGCGGUGGCUUCCCCCUCCCCACCCUCAGCCACCGCUCCUUCCCCGCCCCCGACACCACCUGGUCCGGCCGCGUCUGGGCCCGCACCGGCUGCUCCCACGCCCACGGAGGCCGCUUCUCCUGCGCCACCGGCGACUGCGGCGGCCGCCUCGAGUGCGGGGGCCUCGGCGGCGCCUCUCCCGCCACCCUCGCCCAGCUCGGCCUCCACCAAGGCCACGCCGACUUCUCCUCCUACGGCGUCAGCCUCGUGGACGGCUUCAACGUCCCCAUGACGGUGACGCCGCACGAGGGGAAGGGCGUAUGCCCCGUCGUGGGCUGCCGGGCCGACCUGCUGGCGACGUGCCCGCCGAAGCUGCAGCUGCGGUCUCCGGCGGGGCACGGCCCGGUGGUGGCGUGCAAGAGCGGGUGCGAGGCGUUCGGGACUGACGAGCUGUGCUGCAGGAACUACUACAACAGCAAGAGCACGUGCCGGCCGUCGAGCUACUCGGAGUUCUUCAAGCGCGCGUGCCCCGCCACGUUCACGUUCGCGCACGACAGCCCCUCGCUGAUGCACGAGUGCUCCUCGCCGCGCGAGCUCAAGGUCAUCUUCUGCCACUGACGCCGCCGCGCAGGAGCUCGACGGCAAGUUUUAGUCCAAGUGUAGUGGAGUUUUGGCUUAGUCCUAGGAAAGACCGCCAUGAGAUGUAUCUUCGUUGUAAGUCGAGUCGAAAUCUGAGUCGAUCGUUCUUUGUUCUGAGUGUGUCGAGCUUGAAGAUGAUGUGAAGAUUUCGAUGUGCGUUCCCUGUAUAAGCUUUCUUCUUCAGCUUUGAAAUGGCAUGAGCUCAUUUCUGUAAAG